AUGUGUUCCGCCGACUUCUUCCUCGCUUUCCUCGCCAUUCUCUUCCCCCCACUGCCCGUCUGGGUAAAGUGUGGUCUUUGCAGCGCCGAUUCUCUCAUCAACAUCCUCCUCUGCUGUCUCGCCUAUAUCCCCGGUCUUAUCCACGCAUGGUACAUCAUAGCCAAAUAUCCUGAGCCGCCCUACGAGUACGAGGCCUUGCCGCAGGAUCGUGAGGGUAACCGCGUUACCUACGUCUACGUUCAGUGCCCGCCAGGCCCUCAUCAGCACAGCCACGGUCCUCAAAACCAGCAGCCUAAGCCCCAGCCUCAACCUCAUCAUGGUGGUGCCAGCAACAACAAUAACAGCAUGAACUACGGCACUCAGAACGCUGGUGGCUCUUCUCGUCCUGCGCCUCAGCAGCAUGGCGUCGCAAAUAACGGCGAGGGCAGCUCUGAUAGCCAGGGCGUGCCACCUUCCUACGCCGACGUUGUCGCUGGAGAUCACAAGAUUCAGUCCAAGGAUUAA